UUCAAGGACCUUUUCCCCGAUCUCCGGAUUACGGUGGUAUUGUGGAGAUGGCUGCGGAGGAGAGGCAAUCGAUCAGCUACAGACGAGAGUCAUACCUCGAGGUCGACUGGGGAACUGCCAAGGACCUUCCACGACCUCUCGUGAUCCUACCAGAACUACCAACGGAUCUCUCGAGCCCCGCCGCCCGAGUCGCCAAGCUCGAUGAGCACGCUGCAGCAGUCCGCGCGCAUCUCGCUGUCAUAUACUCUCAGCGCAACGACUAUAUUCCCAUCGCACAACUCCCCGAUGAGACACUAGCCGAUAUCUUCCUUUGGGUCGCGCGCAGCUUUCCCUUGGACUCCCCCGCCUUCCGCGAUUGGACUAGCUUGAUGCUCGUCUGCCGACGAUGGCGCUCUGUCGCCGUGUCGAGCUCUGCCCUAUGGAGUCGUGUAUACAUCGGACAUGACGUUCCCUCCUUCUCUUCCCUCUUGCGCAUCGAUCGCUGCAAAAUGCACCCCUUGACCGUGAACAUGAACGUGGAUGCCACCUACUUUCAGACGGACGCGCGUAUCCUGCGAUCCGCUCUUUCCGUCAUUGGUCCUCAUUUCGAUAAUGUGGAAACGCUCGAAGCGAAAGCCACGCAUAUGUCUAUCAGAAAGCUCGUCUACAUGCUGGCGGAAAAGAAGCGUCGUAAUCUACGGCAUCUGUCGCUCGCUCUGGCGGACACGCACUACUGGGAGGAGCCCGAAUGGUUCGACCUCCAUCCUGACACGGCCGCAAAUCUGUUCUCUCACUUAACUUCAAUCUCCCUCUCAAACGUCGGUCUAGGAUGGGAUCACUUUCAUAACCUCACACGGAUACACAUAAUGUACACCGUCGUACUGCAUGUACAUUAUCUGAAGUUCCCUACCCUCGAGGCCUUGCUGCGUCGCUCACCGGCGCUGAGCGACCUCUUGCUCUGGGACUGCUUCUUGAUCGAUGACAUUCAUGCAUCUUCGGCGCCUAUCAGACUCCCUUGUUUGAGUCGCUGCAGCCUUCGGUCGCAUCCUGCGCACUGCGCCUUCCUACUCUCUGCCAUGCAGAUUCCGCCCGCGACCACUAUUGCCGUCUCUACUCAUGGAGAGGUGGCGCAUGUCGGCGAAGUCAUGCCUCUGCUCGACGUGUUGCGUAAACAUUUCGAGCGGCCGGGCGCCCCUCUCCUGCGCGCCCUGCAGCUUCAACACCACACACCAGCAUGGAGAUGGUACUCAAAUCCCAUGCUUCAGUACGAUGGAGAGGAGGGACACGAACCGAGUCUUAGUCUCGAGAUCCUCAUGAAGGGACCGAGCGCCAGGCUGGAUAUUGCGGCGGAGAUUCUGCAGCCCGUCCUCACCAAAAACGUCGUGGCGCUCGACUGGAGCCAGAACACUCGACAGCAUUACAGCAACGGCCUGGGCGGCGCGUUCCAGUACAACGUCCUUCGCGCACUACCAGCCCUACGAGACGUCUUUGUGUGCAGCACCCCUCACAAUUUCUCGUGGAUUUCGAAGGUACGCGAGAUGGUCGAGGAUACACCUGAGAAGUUGCAGGAGGAACCAAUGCGGCGGCUUGAAGGUGUCUAUUGGGUCGAGUCCGCCCGUAGCAGCGAACUAUCCAAGAACGCGAUGGAGAAGUUCACAGGGAGUCUUAGGCAAAUGGUCGACGUCUACGCUCGGGUCGGACAUCCUCUCAAAAGGCUGGUUUUCGACCCGAACUGGCUCACUUGGCACGGGAAGGCAUACUUCUUGGAUGACCUGGAAUUAUACGAAUCGAACAUGAGAAAGUUCAAGGGUGACGGGGAGGACCUCGAACUUUGCGAGAUGCAACUCCGGUAUUAGCGAGCACUACACCUAUGUUUGGCCAUGCACCGAUCCGAUGUGCUGCCUCUACGAGUUUUAUGGUGUGACGAGGAGCAGAAUGGAUGGGAUAUUAGUUGCGUUGAUGGUCGAUGAACUGUGC